CGGCGGGGGGUGUGUCCGAGGGGCCGGCGGGCAGGAGGGCAGACCCGCGCUCUGCGGAGCGGCUCCGCGCGGCGGCCUUCUACCCCGAGCCCUCCCACGCGGCGGCGGCGAGAUGCACGGCUGCGCGGGGGUCGCGCUCCUGGCCUCGCUGCUCUGGACCGCGGCGCGGUGCCAGCAGAGAGGCCUGUUUCCUGCCAUCCUCAAUCUUGCCAGCAAUGCUCACAUCAGCACCAAUGCGACCUGUGGGGAGAAGGGGCCCGAAAUGUACUGCAAACUUGUGGAGCACGUGCCUGGCCGACCGGUGCGGAAUGCGCAGUGCCGAAUCUGUGACGGCAACAGCGCGCACCCUAAAGAACGCCAUCCAAUAUUGAAUGCAAUAGAUGGCACCAAUAACUGGUGGCAAAGUCCGAGCAUUCAAAAUGGGAGAGAAUAUCACUGGGUCACAAUCACCCUGGACUUAAGACAGGUCUUUCAAGUUGCCUAUGUCAUCAUCAAAGCAGCUAAUGCCCCUCGACCCGGAAACUGGAUUUUGGAGCGGUCUCUGGAUGGCAACAAGUUCAGCCCCUGGCAGUAUUAUGCAGUUAGUGACACGGAGUGUUUGACUCGUUACAAUGUAACUCCAAGACGAGGACCACCCACUUACAGGGCCGAUGACGAAGUGAUCUGCACCUCAUAUUAUUCUAGACUGGUGCCACUCGAGCAUGGAGAGAUUCAUACAUCACUAAUUAAUGGCAGACCAAGUGCUGACGAUCUGUCACCCAGGUUGUUGGAAUUUACUUCUGCACGAUACAUCCGCCUUCGCUUACAGCGCAUCAGAACCCUCAAUGCCGACCUUAUGACCCUCGGCCACCGUGACCCUCGAGAUCUCGACCCUAUCGUCAGCAGACGAUAUUACUAUUCAAUCAAAGACAUUUCUGUUGGAGGAAUGUGUGUUUGUUAUGGCCAUGCUAGCAGCUGCCCGUGGGAUGAAACUACAAAGAAACUACAGUGUCAGUGUGAACAUAACACCUGCGGAGAGAGCUGCAGUACGUGUUGUCCCGGGUACCAUCAGCAGCCCUGGAGGCCCGGAACCAUUUCUUCUGGUAACACAUGUGAACAAUGUAAUUGUCACAAUAAAGCCAAAGACUGUUACUAUGAUGAAAGUGUAGCAAAUCAGAAGAGAAGUUUGAAUACUGCGGGACAGUUCAAAGGAGGCGGGGUGUGCACAAAUUGCCUGCAGAACACCAUGGGAAUCAAUUGUGAAACCUGUAUUGAUGGAUAUUAUAGACCGCACAAAGUGUCUCCUUAUGAGAAUGACCCUUGUCGUCCCUGUGACUGUGACCCUUGGGGGUCCCUCGGCUCUGUCUGUAUUAAGGAUGAUCUCCAUUCUGACUUACACAAAGGGAAGUGGCCAGGUCAGUGUCCAUGCAAACAAGGCUAUGCAGGAGAAAAAUGCAAUCACUGCCAGUUUGGCUAUAAGGGUUACCCAGCCUGUGUCAGCUGUGCCUGCAGUCGGGCUGGCAGCGUGAACGAGGACCCAUGCUCAGAGCCUUGUCUCUGUAAGGAAAAUGUUGAGGGGAAGAAUUGUGAUCGCUGCAAGUCGGGAUUCUAUGACUUGAAGGAAAGAAACCCCCAGGGCUGCUCCGAAUGCUUCUGCUUUGGCGUCUCUGAUGUCUGCGACAGCCUUUCUUGGCCCAUCGGUCAGGUGAAAGAUAUGUCUGGGUGGCUGGUUAUGGACUUGAUCAAUUCAAAUAAGAUCCCAUCUCAGCAGGAUGCACUGGAUGGGCGCCAUCAGAUCACGGUCAACAACUCCGCAGUCAUGCAGAGGCUGACUUCCACGUAUUACUGGUCAGCCCCAGAGGCCUACCUGGGGAAUAAGCUGACUGCAUUUGGUGGAUUCUUGAAGUACACGGUGUCUUACGAUAUUCCAGUGGAGGCAUUGGGCACUGAUCUCAUCUCUCACGCUGAUGUUAUCAUUAAGGGAAAUGGACUCAUUAUAAGCACCCGGGCUGAGGGCCUGUCAUUGCAACCCUAUGAAGAGUACUUUAACAUGGUUAGGCUUGUGCCUGAGAACUUCCGAGAUUUUAAUAGCAAAAGGGAGGUAGAUCGAGACCGGCUGAUGACUGUCCUUGCCAACGUGACACAUCUCUUGAUCAGAGCCAACUACCAUUCUGCAGAAAAGGCCCUUUACAGGCUGGAUUCUGUCUCUCUGGACACAGCUAGCCCUAACGUUAUAGACCUGGCCCUGGCCACUGAGGUGGAGCACUGUGAAUGUCCCCACGGCUAUGCAGGGAUCUCCUGUGAGUCCUGCCUCCCUGGCUACUACCGUGUGGAUGGAAUACUCUUUGGAGGAAUUUGUCAACCCUGUGAAUGCCACGGCCAUGCAGCUGAGUGUGAUAUUCAUGGCGUUUGCUUUGCAUGUGAGCACAACACCACGGGGAACCACUGUGAGCAGUGUGUGCCUGGCUUCUAUGGGCUGCCUUCUAGAGGGACUCCUGGGGACUGCCAGCCGUGUGCCUGUCCCCUCUCCACAGCCACCAAUAACUUCAGCCCCACCUGCCACCUAGACAAUGGAGACGAAGUGGUCUGUGACCAAUGUGCCCUGGGAUACUCGGGGACUUGGUGCGAGAGAUGCGCAGACGGUUACUAUGGAAACCCAACAGUGCCUGGAGAAUCCUGCACGCCAUGUAACUGCAGCGGCAAUGUGGACCCCUCCGAGGUCGGGCACUGUGACUCAGUCACCGGGGAAUGCCUGAAGUGCAUCGGGAACACGGAUGGCGCCCACUGUGAGAGGUGUGCCGACGGGUUCUAUGGGGAUGCAGUGACUGCAAAAAACUGCCGAGCCUGUGAAUGCCAUGGAAAAGGCUCCCUUUCUGGUGUCUGCCACCUGGAGACUGGGCUGUGUGACUGCAGACCACAUGUGAGCGGACAGCAGUGUGACCAUUGCCUGCAUGGCUAUUAUGGACUGGACGCAGGGUUUGGGUGCCUGCCCUGUAACUGCAGCGCUUCGGGCUCCGUGUCAGACGACUGCACAGAGGAAGGCCAGUGUCGCUGUGUCCCAGGUGUAGCUGGGGAGAGGUGCGAUAGGUGUGCACACGGCUUCUAUGCUUACAGGGAUGGAGGCUGUACACCCUGUGACUGUGCUCACACCCAGAAUACCUGUGACCCAGCAUCCGGAGCAUGCACCUGCCCUCCUCACACUCGGGGUGUGGCCUGUGAAGAAUGUGAGGACGGAUACUGGGGCCACAACCCAGAACUCGGAUGCCAGGCUUGCAAUUGCAGUCGUGUUGGGUCAGUCAUUCAUCAGUGUGAUGGACUCACUGGCCAUUGCCAAUGUAAGCCUGCAUUUGGGGGACCCAGCUGCAAUCGGUGCUCCCUGGGCUAUAGAGACUUUCCAGACUGUGUGGCCUGUGACUGUGACCUGCGAGGGACGUUGGGAGACACCUGUGAUGAGGAGCAGGAUCUUUGCAGCUGUGCAGAGGAAACAGGGACCUGCUCAUGCAAGGAAAAUGUCUUCGGCCUUCAAUGCAGUGAGUGUCGAGCUGGCACCUACGCCCUCUACACUGACAACCCUUUGGGGUGCACCCCAUGCUUCUGUUUUGGGCUGUCACACCUCUGCUCAGAGAUGGAGGGUUAUGUCAGGAUACCAGUAACUCUGGGCUCAGAUCAGCCUCUUCUGCGUGUGGUUUCUCAGAGUAACCUCAGAGGCACGACCGAGGGGGUGUAUUACCAGGCCCCUGAUGUCCUCCUGGACGCCGUGACUGUCAGGCAGCGUGUCCACGCAGAACCGUUUUACUGGCGGCUGCCGGGGCAGUUCCAGGGGGACCAGCUCAUGGCCUAUGGGGGCAAACUGAAGUACAGCGUGGCCUUCUACUCUUCCAGUGGCACCGGCACCUUCAACCUUGAGCCUCAAGUGCUCAUCAAAGGAGGCUGGGUCAGAAAGCACGUCAUUUACGUGGAUGCAUCAGCACCGGAGAACGGAGUCAGACAAGAGCAAGAAGUCGUAAUGAGAGAGAAUUUUUGGAAAUAUUUUAACUCUGUUUCGGAAAAACCUGUCACCCGUUCAGAUUUUAUGUCUGUCCUUAGCAACAUUGAGUACAUCCUCAUAAAAGCAUCUUAUGGUCAAGGAUUACAGCAAAGCAGAAUCUCAAAUGUUUCCAUGGAGGUUGGCAGAAAGGCUGAAGGGCUGCACCCAGGGAAGGAGGCGGCGUCCCUUUUGGAGAAGUGUUUCUGUCCUCCUGGCUCCGCGGGAUCCUCAUGUCAGGACUGUGCACCUGGUUACCACAGAGGGAAGCUCCCAGAAAGUGGCAGAGGACCCCGCCCCCUGCUUGCUCCUUGUGUGCCUUGCAGUUGCAACAACCACAGUGAUGCCUGUGACCCCGAAACCGGGAAGUGUCUGAACUGCAGCGAUAACACCACUGGUGACCACUGUGAUGCGUGUGCUCCUGGGUAUUAUGGCAAGGUGGCUGGCUCAGCCGGCGACUGCUCUCCAUGCACCUGCCCUCACAGCCCCCCUGCCAGUUUUAGCCCCACUUGUGUCUCAGACGGCGGUCAUGGUUUCCGUUGUGAUGCCUGUGUUCUGGGCUAUGAAGGACGGUAUUGUGAAAGGUGCUCCUCAGGCUAUCACGGAAAUCCUCAAACUCCGAGUGGCACUUGCCAGAGGUGUAACUGCAGCCCAAGGGGCUCCCUUCACAGUGACUGUGACCGUGGGUCCGGGCAGUGUGUCUGCAGGCCAGGCACUUCUGGGCUCCGAUGUGAGGAAUGUGAGCCGAGGCACAUUCUGGUGGAAAGCGAUUGUGUUUCUUGUGAUGAUGAAUGUGUGGGUGUGCUGCUAAGUGACUUAGAUAACAUUGGUGAAGCCACACUCCCUGUGAACGUCACCAGCAUUAUCCCUGUCCCAUAUGGGAUUUUGUCAAACCUGGAAAAUACAACUAGAUAUCUCUGGAAAUCUUUAUUAAAAGACAAUACACAGAAGGAAUUAGCAAAAUUUGAGCUUGAAGGUGUUGCUGAACAAACAGCUGACCUGCAAAGGGAGCUCACUAGAGUGCUAACAAGUAGCCAACAUGUGACCAGGGCAACUGAAAGAAUCCUCACCAGGAGUCAAGACCUCAUGAUAUUUAUGGAGAAGCUGCAGAAAAACAUCCAAGAAAUUAUUAAAAAGGCUACAAUCCUAAAUGAGACCUUGGAUGAAGAGUUCCAGAUCCCCAGUUCUACUGUUCAGAAUAUGCAAAAGAACAUUACAUCUUUGCUGGAAAUCCUACAGAAAAGGCAUUUUACACAAUUGCACCAAAAUGCCACCUUUGAACUCAAGACUGCUGAAGAUUUAUUGUCACAAAUUCAGGAGAAGUACCAGAAGCCACAGGAAGAGUUGGCUGUAUUAAAAGCAGCAGCAAGCAGCCUCCUUUCCAAACAUAACCAUGAACUGCAGGCAGCAGAAGAGCUUGUGAGGGAAGCCAAAGUGAAGACCCAAGAAAGCUCCCGCCUGCUGCUCAUUGUCAGUGCCAACCUGCAAGAAUUCACUGAUAAAAGCCUGCCUGCUCAAGAAGAACGGAACAUGACCUCAGUGCUAAUUACCAAAGGAAGAAGCCUGCUGGAGGCUGUCCUUGCCUGUGCAACAGCUGCCCAGAAUGCUCUAGCACAGUUAGAGCAUCACCGGGAUGAGUUACUUUUAUGGACUGCCAAAAUCAGACGCCAUGUAGAUGAUCUGGUCAUGCAGAUGUCCAAGAGAGGAGCACUUGAACUUGUCUACAGGGCAGAGGAUCAUGCUGCUGAGCUUCAGAAACUCACAGGUGCUCUAGACAGUGGCCGUGGACAUGCUAGACAUGGCUCCCUGAAUGCCACUGGCGCAACUCAUGUCCAUUCCAACAUUCGAAGCCUGAUUGAAGAGUCAGACAAAUUGGCAAAAGAUGCUCUCAGGACCAUAACUAAGGCGAGCCUGCUCUCAGAGUCCCUGGUUGCUAAUGGGAAAGUGGCUCUCCAGCGCAGUUCCAAAUUUCUGAAAGAAGGCAGCAGUCUGAGCAGAAAGCUUUCAGGUAUCACAUUGGAACUGAGUGAAUUGAAAAAUACGACAAACAGAUUUCAAGAGAAUGCUGAUAAAAUUAAUAGGCAGACCAAUGAAUCACUUAUGAUACUCAGAGCAAUUCCUGAAGGUGUCAGAGACAGAGGGACAGAAAUCAAAGAGCUGGCCAUAUCUGCAAAUCAGAGCGCUGUGAGCACCCUAAAGAACGUGGUGGGAUGGAGUCAGAAGCUGUUGAACACAUCUAACGACCUGUCCAGGGUUAAUGCCACGUUACGGGAAACAGACAAACUUCUACAGGACUCCUCCAUGACCACUCUGUUGGCAGGAAGAAAAGUAAAGGAUGUGGAAACGCAAGCCAACCUCUUAUUUGAUCGGUUGAAGCCUCUGAAGACAUUAGAAGAGAACCUGAGCAGAAACCUAUCAGAAAUCAAACUGCUGAUCAGCCAGGCCCGGAAACAAGCAGCUUCUAUUAAAGUCGCUGUGUCUGCAGACAGAGAUUGUAUCCGGGCCUACCAGCCUCAGAUUUCUUCUACUAACUACAACACCUUAACACUCAAUGUCAAGACAAGUGAGCCCGAUAACCUUCUCUUCUACCUCGGUAGCAGCGCCAGCUCUGAUUUCCUGGCAGUGGAGAUGCGUCGAGGGAAAGCGGCCUUCCUCUGGGAUAUGGGCUCCGGGUCAACUCGGUUGGAAUUCCCAGACUUCCCAAUUGAUAACAACAAAUGGCACAGUAUCUAUGUAACCAGGUUUGGAAACAUUGGUUCACUGAGUGUAAAGGAAAUGAGUGCAACACAAAAGCCACCAACAAAAAUGAGUAAAUCCCCUGGAACAGCCAAUGUUCUGGAUAUAAAUAAUUCAACACUAAUGUUUGUCGGAGGGCUUGGAGGACAGAUCAAGAAGUCUCCAACUGUGAAGGUUACUCAUUUUAAGGGCUGCAUGGGAGAGGCCUUCUUGAAUGGACAAUCCAUUGGCCUGUGGAACUACAUCGAAAGGGAGGGCAAGUGCCAUGGCUGCUUCGGAAGCUCCCACAAUGAGGACCCUUCCUUCCAUUUUGAUGGGAGUGGAUAUUCUGUCGUGGAGAAGACCCUCCGGGCAACUGUGACACAGAUAAUUAUGCUUUUUAGUACCUUUUCACCUAAUGGGCUUCUUCUGUACCUCACUUCAAAUGGCACCAAAGACUUCUUAUCCAUCGAGCUGGUCCAUGGCAGAGUCAGAGUUACAGUUGACCUGGGUUCAGGGCCUCUUGCUCUUAGUACAGACAGACGCUACAACAAUGGAACCUGGUACAAAAUCGCCUUCCAGCGAAACCGAAAGCAAGGACUCCUAGCGGUCAUCGAUGCACAUAAUACUAGUUAUAAGGAGACAAAGCAAGGUGAAACCCCAGGAGCGUCUUCUGACCUCAAUCGUCUAGAUAAAGAUCCAAUUUAUGUGGGUGGAUUACCUAGGUCAAGAGUUAUAAGGAAAGGUGUCACCAGCAAAAACUACAUGGGCUGCAUCAAAAACCUGGAAAUAUCUCGAUCAACCUUGGAUUUACUCAGAAAUUCCUAUGGAGUGAGAAAAGGCUGUAUGUUGGAGCCUAUUCGAAGCGUGAGCUUCUGGAAAGGCAGCUAUGUUGAGUUGGCACCCAAGUCUUUGCCACCAGAAUCAAUAUUGUUGGCGACAUUUUCCACCAAGAACAGUAGUGGCGUCAUCCUUGCUGCCCUGGGCAAGCCUGGGGAGAAGCAGGGUCAUCGGCAGGCCCAUGGGCCUUUCUUUUCCAUCAUGCUAAUUGAAGGCCACGUUGAAGUGCAUGUUAAUUCUGGGGACGGAACAAGCCUGAGAAGAGCUCUCCUGCACUCUCCUACGGGCACAUAUAGUGACGGUCAAGAGCAUUCCAUCUCCUUGACAAGGAGCGGGAGAAUUGUCACUGUCCAAUUGGAUGAGACAAAUCCUAUUGAAAUGAAGCUGAGUCCAUCAGUGGAAAGCAGGACAAUAAAUGUAUCCAACCUGUACAUAGGGGGUGUUCCAGAAGGUGAGGGGGCAUCCAUGAUCAAGAUGAGAAGACCAUUCCAUGGCUGUAUCAGAAACCUGAUCUUUAAUACGGAACACUUGGAUUUCACUACAGCUGUUGGCUAUGAACAAGUGGACUUGGACACCUGCUCACUUUCAGAAAGGCCACAGCUGGCUCUCCACAGAGGGAACGGCGAGCUCCCGCCAGAGCCCCAGCCUGUACCCCGCACAGAACGGUGUGCCGUGGACAGAGCCCCAGAGUAUGUCCCCAGUGCUCACCAGUUUGGCCUCGCGCAAGGCAGCCAUUUCAUGUUGCCUUUUAAUCAGUCGGCCAUCAGAAAGAGGCUCUUGGUUCAGCUACGUAUCCGAACAUUCGCCUCCAGCGGCCUGAUUUACUACAUGGCUCAUCAGAACCAAGUGGAUUAUGCCACACUUCAGCUGCAUGGGGGCCACCUCUACUUCAUGUUUGACCUCGGGAAGGGCAGAACAAAGGUCUCUCACCCCACGCUGAUCAAUGAUGGCAAGUGGCACACGGUCAAGACAGAGUACUUUAAAAGAAGGGGCUUCAUGACAGUUGAUGGCCAGGAAUCCCCCAUGGUGGCCACAGUGGGUGAUGGCACCGCCUUGGAUGUAGAAGGAAGGUUCUACCUAGGAGGCCUGCCCCCAGAGUACAGGGCCAGAAACAUCGGAAAUGUCACCCACAGUGUUCCUGCUUGCAUCGGGGAGGUGACAGUGAACAGCAAACAGCUGGACAAAGACAGCCCAGUGUCUGCAUUUGCAGUAACCGGGUGCUAUGUGGCGGCCCAGGAAGGAACUUUCUUUGAAGGAAGUGGAUAUGCAGCUCUUGUCAAAGAGGGCUACAAAGUCCGAUCAGACGUGACCAUCGCCCUGCAGUUUCGUACCUCUGCAGAGAACGGUGUCCUCCUGGGGAUCAGCAGUGCCAAAGUGGAUGCCAUUGGGUUAGAGAUGGUAAAUGGCAAGAUCUUGUUCCAUGUUAACAAUGGUGCUGGUAGGAUAACAGCCACGUACAAGCCCAAAGCUCAGAGUGCUCUCUGUGAUGGAAGAUGGCACACUCUUGAAGCUAGCAAAAGCAAGCAUCACUUGGUUCUGAUUGUCGAUGGGAAUGCAGUUCGUGCUGAAAGUCUACACACCCAGUCCACCUCGGUGGACACCAACAAUCCCGUUUAUGUCGGUGGCUAUCCUGCUAAUGUGAAGCAAAACUGCUUGAGCAGCCAGACCUCCUUCCGGGGGUGUUUGAGAAAGCUCACUCUGACGAAGGGUCCACAAGUGCAGAUCUAUGACUUCAGCAGAGCUUUUGAACUGCGAGGAGUUUUCCCUCAUUCCUGUCCUGGCGCCGAGUCCUGAGCUUCAAGGAAGCUCCUGGUUGGGAAUCGUCGCUUACAUUUUGAGGAGAAUUCUUUUUGUGACUUAAAAUCUCACUUCAGAUUUCAUUUCCAACUCAGGUUAAGUGUUUCCAGAGAGACAUUUUGGUUUCUGUUAAACUAAAACCAUGUGUGCAACAAAUACCUCGAUGAAAUAGUUUAAAAUGGAAAUGGAAUUCACUGGACCGCUUUUUUAAAGUUGUUCUAAUGAAUCUUUGUGAACAUGGGUAUUCUGUUGAUUACUGAACAGUAUUUCAUGGUUUGAAUUUAGAGCUUCUAAAAAUAUCACUACAGAUGAUAAUAGAUUAGAACAGAGAAUGAAUACUUUCAUUUCUUUACCGAAAAUGUAAGCUCUGAUUUCUGCAGCUGACAGGCAAUGGUGCUGGGUAAGUUCCAGCAGAGGGCACCAGCUGUUCGCUGCGAAAGCCUUUGCACAGGCCUGGGAAUCCUGCGGAAAGAGAGUAAGCGAAGGAGAUGGAACCUCCCUUAGGAAUGUUACCCCUCAGGACCUGACCUAACAGGACUUCGCAGGAUGAGAACAAAACAAACAGUUGGCAUCACAAACACUUAGCCAAUUUUAUUGUAAUUAGCUAUUAAUGGUAAUUACCAUAGAUAUGGUAAUAUACUAGUUACUGUCUAUUUUCACCCUUCGGGAUGAGAGUUUUCCUUAAUCAGCUAAUUUUUCUGGGAGAAUGUCAUUUCAAAAGAAGGGAAAUUUAAAAUAGCCACACAUGUAUACUGUGUUAAUGAACUAAGCAUUUUAACUCCCUGACUUUGGGUGUCUCACUUGGUUCCCCUGAUCUCAUUCUGCUCUGUGGCUGUGGCCGGGGUCCAAAUGGCUGCUGUCCUGUAUGCUUCAGAAAAAUGAUGUCAUUUUUCAAAUGCUUACUUGGAAAGGUCACUACCUCUCUUAACAAUGACCUACUUUUCCAUUAUGGAAGGUGAUUGGUUUAACUUCUAUUUCUGCGAGAGAGUCUGAUUUGGUAAAUAAGGAAGGCAACUGUGGCCCUGGUGUCUCUUCUGUGCCUCAUUUGUGUUUCUGAACACUUGUGGUGAUCCACACCUCCUGGCCGAUGUCUCUGAAACUUGUCAUUCCUUCCCAGUGAAAUAUCUCACAAAGACAUUAGAGAAAGGUGGCAGCUAGUUGUGGAAGGUCUGACUGUUCUGGGGCGCCUGGCCUUUAAAUAAUGCAGACAGCUGCAGGCCUAAGGCAGCUCACUGGGGCAGCCGGGUUAGGACAGGGGCAUCUGCCAUCCCUGCAGCAGAAGUGCACAAGGAGCCCCUCACUAUGCUGUGGGGGCCUUUCUGUCUGUGUCUCUGUGGAAACCAUCUACAGCGGGAGAUGAUAGCUGGGACAUUCCAGACCUUGUCCUACUACGUUGGAUGAGGAGUUGAUCCAAACCGGGACAGAGCGCAGAUUACAGAAAAGCCCUAGAGUUUGUUUCUCCCCCUCCACCCUCUCCCUAAAACAGAGACUGGGCCUUUCAUGGUUGUAGCUGUAACUAUUAAUGAGGCCUCCCUUAAAAGAUCUCCUCAAGGGAAAGUCCACUUCUGUCCCCUUUGGCCUUUCACUGAGCCCACAGUAGAGAGAUCCCGCAUUCGCUGUCCCUCCAGGGUGGUAAAGAACCUGGGCUCAGGUCAGACGCCUGGCUCUGACCCACCGCAGGGCCUUACCCUGGUCCCAUGACCUCUCGGAAAGGCAGGUUCAGGCCUUUGGGGCUGGUUUGCCAGAUAAAAUAUAGGACACCAGUUAAAUUUGAAUUUCAGAGAAGCAAUGAACAAGCACAUUUUUCACUGUAAAUAUGUCCUAUUAGCAUGGCAUCCUAUGUUUUUUAUUUGCUAAAUUUGGCAACUUUAUCUGCCAAAUUUAUCUGGCAGCUAAAUCUGGGGACUUUACAGGCCACAAGGGCCUAAAAAGAUUCCUACCCAUUCCCUCACUACCAAAAGACUCAAAAUUUUAAAAAUCUACAUCUCAAAAGACAUGCAGCAAAAUCUUUUGAAGAUCACAUCUCUCCCAUGAUGCUUUUAUUGAAACAUAUAUAGUUUUUAAUUCUAUUUUUGGUGGCCCAAGCAUUUGCUUAGUCUGCCUAUUAACCCAUCACUCUAUUUUUUUAAUUAUGGUAAAAUAUAGAUAAGAUAAAAUAUGCCAUUUUAACCUUUUUUAAGUAUAGAGUUCUGUUAUAUUAAGUAUAUUCACACUGUUGUGCACCAUUGCCACCAUCGAGCUCUGGGACUCAUUUCAUCUUGCAAAACAAACUAUUCCCCUUAAACACUAACUUCCCACUCUCCUCGCUCCCCAGUCCCUGGCAACCACCAUCCUACUUUCUGUCUGUAUGAGUUUGACUACACCAGUUAUCUCAAUAUUUGUCCUUCUGUGACUGAUUCAUUUCACUUUCCAUUAUGUCCUACAGGUUCAUCUAUGUCAUGGCAUGUGCCAGAAUUUUCUUCCUUUUUAGGGCUGAGUGCUAUUCCACAGUGUGUUUAUAUCACAUUUUAUUUAUUCAUUCAUCCAUCAAUGAGCACUGAGGUUGUUUCUACCUUUUGGCUAUUGUGAAUAAUGCUGAUACAAACAUGGGUGUACAAAUACUUGCUUGAGUCCCUACUUUCGGUUCUUUUGGGUAUAUACCUAGAAGUAGAAUUCCUGGAUCAUAUGAUAAAUCUAUUUUUAUUUUUGGGGGGAACCUCCAUAUUUUUCUUCAUAGUAUCUAGCAUUGUUUUUAAGACUCAAGUAGGGUUAUGAUACCAGUAUCAAAAAGAUAUGUAUUUAAGAAGUAUUAUUCAAACUGACUUAAAAAUAAGAAAACACCUGGAUAAGACAAAAACAUUAACCUUGGUGAAAUUUAAUCCUCAAUCACACCUGCCCAAUGAUGGGCUGGUUUAAAGGUAAGAUAAUUAUUAAAUAUCAAAAACAAGAAAAGGAAAUGCAACUAACCCAUUUAACAUAGCUGUAUAACUUUUGUUAAGGCCCAAUUUAUAUAUUACUGAUUUUCCUAUAGUGUCUACACAAUAAUCUCUAAAAUGAUGCAUCGUAAUCUGGGAUGAUGCACUCAUGGCUGAAUAUGGAACAACCGUGUAUCAACACAAGCUUAUGAAUUUAGUGCUAAUUUAGUGUUCAAACCAGAAAUUGAAACACAAAUAGGUAAAAUGCUCUAUUAGAAUUGUUGGGGCCUAGAGGUAUAUGUAUUUUCACCUUGAAACACUAUAAAUCAACAGCUAAAUCAUAAGACAGCAGUCUGGGAAUUUACAGGGUAGCUGUAACGAGGCUUUGCAAAAUGCACAAUAGCAGCAUGGUGGGCUGCAGUCCAACUCACAAAGUUCUUUCAGAUGCACGGUGGUGUUUGAGUCUAGAAAAGGGAGUGUGGGAACAUGACACAGGGGUCUAAACUGCACAGCUGAAAGAAAGGGCACUGUUGAGAGUAAUGGGGAGUGCCACUGGCAGGUGGAGAGGGAACAGAGUGGAUGGGGCCUGAUCAUGAAGAGCCCAAAAAUUAGGCAGGUAGGAAGGAGACAGGAUACGAUUCCUUGUGAAGCAGCAGUGCUUUCCAUCAGAGUAGUACAACGAAAUGGUGCACUUCAAAUCAUAAACUGGCUGGAGAGCACAGCCUUAGUCAGCAGGACUACCUGGUGGCUGAUAACCAGGGGCAGUGAUACAUGACAGCAGCAUCGUACAGGAAUGUGAGGCUCCAGCAAAACAUCAGCUUUAGGGCAGCAAAGGACCGCAGGGCUCGACAGGGAGCUUGGAGAAACGAGAGUGGUGAUUCCGUGGAUGGAAGAUUUAGUGGAGAAAAUCACAAGCUCAAGUUCUGCAUGUGCUGAAUUUGAGAGGAUGAUGAAAGCACAUCCGAAGGGAGGUGUCUUAGCUGGCUGAUUGGAGAGGAGCUGGGGCCAGCUGAGUAGAGCUGGUAGGGCAGGAGGCGUCGGCACCCCUGCCUCCCACGUGUCCCGUGACCCCCACGGAGUCCUGGUUGAGGAAACAUCAAAAUGGACCUUAGAACUACAACGAAGGCAAACCGGCCAAGAAACUCUCAUCGGACAGUAAUGUGUAUGUGCGUUUCCUUAACCGUGAUGGGUAUUGAUAAGGAGUCCUCAGUAAAAAAGCUGUUCAGAGACUCAAUGGAUUCUGAGUCUUCUGGAUUCGGCAAAUGGUUUCUCUUACUACAUAUUUCAUUUUCUAAAGGUAAUUUUUUUGUAAAAAAAAAAAACGAGGGAAGCAGUGAUGCAGAGAUAAUUUCUUAUGAUAAUGCUGCCUGGUGACAGUGACGACACUUUAUUCAUCCCUCACAGAAACUCUUUCAUGUCUGAUUUCCUACUUUAAAAUCUCACAAUAGCCGUAUGUUUACCCUUCAGCCAUAAUAAACUCCCUCUAUACACUGUUCUCUGCUUUUUUCUCUUGCUUGGAACGGAGAUUGUAGACAUUUCUGCUCUGCCCCCAAAUGAGGACUCUUUUCAUAACUGCAGCCUCUGUCACUCAUACACCAGCCCCUGAACCACUUGCUCUGCACGUCCCAGUCCAGCAGUUCCGAAUGUCUGCAAGUAAACAACAGCCUGAGGAGCAAGCAUCCGGUCAUUCUCCUGGCUUGGACUACUUUGAAAAGCAAAGCAAAUGUGAGGACAUCUCCUGUCACCUUGUGAUAACUCGUUUUUUCUUUGGUGUAUUUUGAAGCAUGAAGAUUUCUCUGUCAAAUUAAUACUUCAUAUAAUUUUCAAAAUCCCAAAAACAUCACAUAAAUUUCAAGUCUCUAUUUUACUGCGUGCAGCUACAUUUUUAUCUUCCAAAAUCUUCGCGGUCUUUCCGGAUGGCCCCGUGCAGCACUGACUGCUCUGCUUAGGGGUCUGUCAUUGUUCCGUCGUUCAGUUACGCUCGCUUUUCCCCCUGAAUGUGUGUGCCCCUGGAUGAUCCUCCAGCUGUUCCACAGCUCCUGGAAGGUCCCCAUUCUGCUGGCUAUUUCUUGGACAGCUCUCAGAGCUAACGUUAUAAGGGCCUGUGGGGGAUUAUUAGUAAGGAACUGUUGAAUUUAAUAUUAGUUUAUCAAUUUUUUCUACAAGUACCUUAGCAGUGUAGUCCUUCCUAUAAAUUUCAAAAGCUCU